GAAUAAAUAGCCAAGAUAAUUUAUCGAUAUAUGGAAAUAAAAUAAAAUGUUAUAUAUUCAUCAUUUCAAUUGAUAAUGGUCAAUGAUUGAUGAUCGAUUCUUAUCAAGAAUUGUCCAUUAUAAUAUUCAAUGAUGAUGAUGACGAUGAUGAUUAUGGGACCAUAUUUAUAAUAAUGAAUUUUAAGUGAUUACUUUCAAGUGGGCAACAAAUUUGCAUUUAUGCAUAUAUUUAUAUCAACAUAUCAUCAUCAUCAUUAUCAAAUGGCAAACCGACAGACACAAACAAACGAAGAAAAAAAAAAACAAAUAAGAACAGAAAAACAAACUCGAUAUCCGGUUUGUUAUUUGUUGUUGUUUGUUUGUUGAAACAAACUGUCCAAAUCCAAAUGUUAAAACCAGCAGCGUCAAUAUGAUAUAUGAAUGAUGGAUAAGAAGAAAAGGUGAUCAUUUAUCAACGAGAAUAAAAAAAUUAUGACAUGACAACCAAAUGGUUCGAUGGAAGCUGCGUGCAUUUUUUUUUUUUUUUUGUCAUUGUCGUCGAAUCCGCUAAAAUUUUCGAGUAUAAAAACUUGAAAGUUAAAAUGGAUCAAGAUCUUUUCAACAACAACAAAAAAAAGAUCUUUGAAUUUGAAAAACUGACCAUAUAAAUGAUAAACUGAAAAUUAUUAUGAUGAUGAUAAUGAAUCAACGUUCCAAAAGAAUUUCAACAACCAUUCAACGUAUUUGUAUGGUACGAUUACAUCUGUCAAAUGUAAUGAUCAUUUUGGCAUUAUUAACAUUGCCAAUGUUAAUGGUAACCGUUGUCAAUGGUCAAGAUUUACACAAUCAAUUGAAUCAAAGGAAAAAAUGUACCCAAUAUGGACAUUCUUGUCUAGGUGGUCAUGGUAAACGGAGCGCUGUAUCAUCAUCAUCAUCAUCAUCAUCACAAUUAUUUUCACAACAACCAUCGUCAUUAUUAUCAUCAUCAGAAAAUAAUUUUCCAUUGAUACAACAAUUACAGCAACAAAACCAUUUGAAACCAUUAUCGAUACCUUUAUAUAUUUAUCGUAAUAAUUUUAAUCAUCAACAACAACAACAAGAAUCACCACCAGCAACAACAACAACAAAAUCUAUGACAAAUAACGGUAAUGAUGAUGGUGAUGGCCGAUCUCAAACAGCAUCAUUAGCACGAUUAGCUUUUCUGGAACAUUUGUUGAAUAUGGACAACAACAACAAUAAUAAUAAUAAUAAUGAAUUUGAUCAACAGCAAACAAAUGAACAAUUAUCAUCAUUAUUGAUUGGUUCAUCAAUAUUGGAACGAUUACGUGCACAACAACAACGACAACAUCAACAACAACAACGAUUAUGGAAUGGAUUGGCAAUAAGAAAUUCGGUGUAAUAUUGUAAUCAAAUUUUCGAUAAUCAAAAUUGAAAAAAAAACGACAACAACAAAGAUCAAACAAUCUGAAUAUUCUGAAGAAUUCAAUGUCAAUCAAUAUGGACGAACAAAAUAUCGAAAUUCUUUCUUCAUCUUUUUACCACCACCAUUACAUCCCAUCCUAACACAAUCUUUCUUUUUUGUUGUUUCGAAUUGUGCAUGGCUUGUGUGUGUGUGUGCUUGCGAUGAAAAAUCUCGAUAAUCAUCAUCAUUAUUAUCAUUUCCUAUUCACAAUUUCCUUAUCUCAUUUAUUACCUACAUUUAUAAAACAUCAACAACAACAACAACAAUGACAACAACAAAAAAAAAACACAAAAUUUGAUCAUUUUUAUCCUUAUUAAUUGAUUGAUAAAUCAUUGAUUAGAUUGAGAAAAACAUAUCCACAUACAGAAAAACAUUAAUAUUACAAUUGAUUGAUUGAUAAU